GUGCAAGAACCGUUGGACAUUCGUAUCAAAAUGGGUAAAGAGCUGCUCUACAUUGAGAGCUGGUGCCAUAAACGCCAGUACGAUGCCUUCUGUCAAGUCCUCGGCUCCGGAAUGAAUCUCCACCUGAAGCAAAACGAGCUCCUCCGAGACAUUUUUGAUCUGGGUGAACCGUUGAAUGAUGAUGGAUCCUUUUUUAAAAGCUCAAAGCUGCAGCGGCAUAGUGCUCACAUUGCAGCUUUCAAGGCCCGAACGAAGACGAUGAGCAAAUUGAGAGAUAAAAGAGCUGAUGUAGUUUGUUGAGGACUGUUUAGUCUAGCUUCUGAAAACAUGGUUUUUAUAUGGACUCUCUAGUUUCAAUUGCAGUUAUUUGUAAGAAAAAGGAAAAUUAACUUAUUGGCCCAUUUUUUGGGGAGGGAAGGGUUAACAAAAAAAGAUACCCGAUUAAGUUCAAAUGCUCAAUUGUUUUGGCAUCUUUUAAACUUUUUGACCUUUUUAAGUAAUCGGAUUCUUCGAUUUUAAAAUGUUACUUAUUUAUAAGGAUAUGUAUUUGUUUUCUUUAAAACUAGUUUGAAUUCAGGAGCAAGCAACAUCUUUAUUUCAAGCAAUUUCUUUAACAUAACAAGAGCAAAAUCAUCUACAUUUUAUAUUUCAUUAAAAUUGUUUUUAAAAGUUUAGCUGUGGGAAAGAAUUGCUGGAUUUUCUCAAUACUCUGCCAAAACACAAAUAAAAAGAUGAGAUAUUUGUUUCGUUUGUGGACUGUGUAAAACGUUUCGAAAAUUUUCGUGUACUAGACGUGACUGAAAGAUUACCUAUAUAUUUUCACUGAAGUAUUUUGUGGGAUUAUUUUGUUUUUCUGAAAUUAUUUCCAAAAUUUAUUUUCUCCAGGAAAGAGUGUUAUGUGUUAAUGUGAUGUUUAGUUUUACAAUUAAACAAUUCGCUGGUCUUCAAUCUAGAAGUUUAUGUUCAACUUUUAUAUCUUUUUUUUUUCUUAGCAUCCAAAAAUGUUAAUGAACUUUCUUAUUCUUUUCAAUAGUAUUAUUUUAUUUCCCCCGUAAAUGGAUGGCGGAAAGUUGUCAUCGAUAAGUAACCCGAGUCAUUGUUUUGUUGAUGCGUGAUAGUUAUUUUGUUUUUUGUUAUGUUUUUAUAAAUAUAGUUGUAUAAUUUAACAACAGUUUGUAGUCAUGAUAAUAUAUAUUGUAAAUAAGAUUGGAGGAAACGAGUGUAAAUAUACGGAGUGAUUAAAUUUCAGAGGGCAUUUGAAUGAUUCAGAUAAAAUAUUAUUUUUACUGAAAUCAUUUUUUACUUAAUUAAUCAAAAAUCUUUUGUGCAACUGUGAUUUUUAACUCUCUGGCAGUCAUGUAGGUAUUAUCAGUCACCGAAGUCCUCUUCGAAUGAAUAAGAAGUGUUCGUUAUGUCAACGAAUGUCCGGAGUUCGUCUGAGGGGGAUCCAAACGAAAAUUUUCUAAUAUUUUGUGUAUUAAAAUUGUUUUCAGUGCACUAAGUGUAGCUAUAAAAGGCUAUAAUUUUGAAUUCUUUGGUAUUUAUUCUGACGCAUAUGUUUAUACAGAUCAAGUAAAAUAUAGAUAUAUGAAACAAGUAAAAAUGUAUAAUUACAUUGUCAGGAAAUUACAAAUAAUUUACUACAUUUAAAUAAGAAAAAAUAUUUUUAAAGACUCAGUUUUUUUUAUUGUUGCUUAUUUCAAACAUUUCCUGCUGCAAUAUUUUAGAUGGUAUCACCCUAAAUUUUAGCAUUGAUUUUAAUUCUAGCCCACUACAUUUUGUGUGUACAUAUAUAUUUAAAUAUGUCUCGGCAAUAAUUUAAAAUUAAAUUCAGUCUUGUUUAACACAUUUAAAUAUUUAUUAAGUUAAAACAUAAGUUUUGCAGAUUUUCUUAAAAUUUCUUUAUUAAAUAAUCUUCUAGGUUCAGUGAUUUUAAUGCCAGAUUUUCUUUUCAUUUUAAGUGGAAUAUUUGCCAUAAAAAUUCUAUUUUUUGUUUUUAUGUUCCUAUUACAAGAUAUGUAUUUCAUUGUAAUUGACUGUGAUUGGUAUGCAAGUUGCUUGUAUGGAGCUAAAUGUACAGAAGAACCCUAUAUAUAUUUAUUAUGUAUAUUAGGCUUAAAAUUUUAAUGGAAAAUUUCCCCAAAUAUGUAAUGAUACGAUUAUGUUGAUGCUCUGCAGUAAUAAAUAUUAUUUAUGAAGUC